AUGGACCACCGUGCUGAGUGGCUCCCAGAGAAGGCCGGAGAGAGCUUCGCAUCUGACCAGGUGCCUUUCCUUGCCACUGCCGCCAGCCCCGAGCCAGUCCCUGGAGCUUCCGGGACGCCCGAUGAGGCCCAGGAGACGGACUGGGCGGGGAGCAGAGCCCCCCAGGAGGCCGAGGCCCAAGACUCAGAGCCUGAAGACCAGGAAGCAACAGAUUUAACGGGACCUGAAAGGGAGGACUCGUCAUCACCUUGUCCUGCAGCGAAGAAGAUGAAGAUAGACGCUAAAGAAAGGAAAGAGAAAAAGCCCCAAGUAGAUGAGGAUGAAAUCCAGAGGAUGCAAAGCUUAGUUUCUUCCUUUUCCGAAGAGGAGCUAAACCGUUAUGAAAUGUACCGGCGAUCGGCAUUCCCAAAGGCCGCUAUUAAACGGCUGAUCCAGUCUAUCGCGGGCACCUCGGUGUCUCACAAUGUCGUCAUUGCUAUGUCGGGCAUUUCUAAAGUAUUCGUUGGAGAAGUGGUAGAAGAAGCUUUGGAGGUGUGUGAGAAAUGGGGUGAGCUGCCACCACUACAGCCCAAACACCUGCGGGAGGCUGUAAGAAGACUGAAGUCAAGGGGCCAGAUUCCUAACUCCAAGCACAAGAAAAUCAUCUUUCACUAG